AUGGGCAAUACUAUCAGCGCUUUGAUUGAGCCAAAUGCGGCAGACGAUGGGAACGAGAGGAAGAAAAAGGAACAGCUAGAGCUGAUGAUGAAGCUCGCAGAUGCGCGGCUUGACAGCUUCCAAAGCGAACUAGAGCGGAUGUUCUUGGACCGUGAAUCGGCAAUGCAUACUACUGUUCCCGGAAGGAGAGCAUUAAGAUUCGAGCGUCGUUUCGUUGUUGAUGCUGAAAGCAUUCCCGGUAAAGGCGUUGAGGAUGCUGUAGACGCCUUCUUUGGCGCGUCGGAUACUGGAACCAAAGUUGCCCUUAAUGGCUUCAAAUCCGUGGUAAAGACUGGCCUCUCUGCGAUCCUCGGCGAUUCUUCCGCUGGAGAAAGCUAUGAUAAGAAGUUCUUUAUUUGCAUAAAGCACAAUGCAAUCAUUCGCGUCGACAUGUAUACGUACAAAUAUACUUUUGCUAACGAGGGAGUGGUUGAUAUGCACAAGAACAUCCUGGCUUACAUUCUGUGCAUCUCUGUUGUGGAUCAUAGAAAUGUGACCGUUGAUGAACUCGUCUAUCUUGCUUCAGAGUUUGCUGGCGACAAUAACGGUCCGGUUUCUGGAUUUGAGGAGUACUUGGACAUGAUCACCAAGACUUGGAACAAGCUUAGAGCUAUGGAACCUUUGCCUGUCAGUGGAAGGCCAGCUCUGAACUACCCCGUCAUGCCUACCGCUCCGCCUUGGUCAUGA